GGCGGAAGGCGGCGCCGGGCUGCGGGACUCGGGCAGCCGGAGCCCGCGGGCGAUGCUGCAGCUGCGGGACGCGGUGGAGGGGGACCCGGACGGGGGCCCCGCCGGGGCGGCGGCGCUCCUGGUGCCGGCCGAAGCCGACGUGCCCUUCAGCCCGCCCGGGGACUCGCUGCCGCCCCGCCAGACCCUGCGGCCCCUCAGCGUCCGCAACCCGACCCGGGGCGGCCGCCUCAAGGAGUACUUCGUGUUCCGGCCUGGAACUAUAGAGCAGGCAGUAAAUGAGAUUCGUGUUGUUGUGAUGCCCACUGAAGAUGGAGAGGUACAAAGUGUGUGGUUGCUAACAGAAGUUGACCACUGGAACAAUGAGAAGGAGCGUCUGGUUCUUAUCACUGACUGGUCCCUUCUGAUCUGUAAAUAUGACUUCAUCAGCUUGCAGUGCCAGCAGGUUACUAGAAUAUCACUCAGUGCAAUUGACACUAUUUCUGUGGGAGAAUUUGAGUUCCCACUUAAAUCACUGAAUAAGCGAGAAGGCAUUGGUAUUCGAAUUCAAUGGGAUAAGCAAAGCCGUGCAUCCUUCAUAAACCGAUGGAAUCCAUGGUCCACAAAUGUGCCCUAUGCUACUUUUACGGAACAUCCAAUGGCAAAUGCUGAUGAGAAGAUUGCAUCCCUUUGCCAAUUGGAAAACUUUAAGACUCAAUUAAUCCAAGCUGUGAAGAAGGCCCAUAAAGAGUGUCCGUUGCCAGGGAGGGCCAAUGGAGUACUAGUGCUGGAGCGUCCUCUUCUUAUUGAAACUUACGUGGGAUUGAUGUCUUUCAUCAACAAUGAGGCCAAGCUUGGCUACUCCAUGACAAGAGGCAAAAUUGGAUUUUAAAUUCAUUGUAAUCAAUCCACUUAAAGGGAAAGUGAUUUGAGAUUAGUAUCAUGGGCAAAGAGUUGGGAGAACUCAGUACAUGGCAGAAAAGAACAAAAAUGAAUAAAAUGUCAGAUAAAAGGGAUUUGUUAGUUGCAGAAUGAAUGACUUUCACAGAACAGUCACUACUGUUAUGAAGCUCAUAGAUGGCUAAGUCAGGUAUUGAGUUCAGGUGGUCACGGGGUAGUUGCUUUCUUAGAGUACCUGGAUUUAUCUUACACUGUCACUAUUUGUAUGCAAGUCUAGUGAGCAAUGAUAUUUCCUCUUACAUUUCUAGCUAAAGGUCUUUCCUUACUAAAUAUGACUUAUCUGUGACAAAUAUUCCAUAUCAAUAUCCAAUGUAGAUACGGUGCAUGUUCAUGCCUUAUAGCUAUAUUUACAUAAGGAUUCAAUUGCAAUGAAAUUAUUUCAUGUGCAGUUGAGACUGAUUUUAUAUUGGCUAAGAAGGUACUAAUGUCUAGACUAUGGUAAUCUCAGGAAUUUAAUUCAGUGUCAUGAAUUUUUAAAGAACUGUCAUUCUUUAGCAAAGACAACUAAUUCGGUCAAAACUAGAGUGUUAUGCCUUCUCCUAACCAGUGGAAUUGAACAAUUACUUUGUAAAUUGAAGUGUUUGAGUAAUGUUACUGGUCUCUUUUAAAUAGCUAUCAAACCUGAAUCUGUAUAAUUUGUAGGUUUACCUUAUUUAAGGCUUCUCUUUUCAGCCAUCUAUUAAAGAAAUAUCUUAAAAUAGAAUAGCCAAAAAUUUCAGACAGUUAAAGGAUAUCUUUGCCUUCCUAUGGAGUUACUUUUAAUGCAACAUGGGAAUGGUAGUUUUAUAAUUAAAGGGAAUUCUACUUUGAGUAGCUUUAUAUUUCCUUAGCAAAAGUGUAUUUUGUUUUGUGUUUUCAUUUAGUAAUACAUAGACCAGAUUAGAAUAGCACCAACAAAGUUUUUGUAACCUAUGUGGCCAUGUAGUUGUUGGGGAGAGGGGAAGCUUUAGUAUUGUGUUCAGUCUUAUGUAAUCUUCCAUUUAAGUUUGUAGAAAGUAAAUUCAGUAGUACAACUAACUUUAAAUGCAGCAGUAUAUAAAGAUACUGAACAGAACUACAGCAUGAGAUUACUGUGACAAGUUUCACUGUAGAUAAAUCCUUUAUACAGACUAUCUUAAUAUAUAACUUUAGCAGAAGCAUUUCUCUGCCCCUCAACAUGUUAGUGAUAUGCUGUGCAGCAGUGGAAGUGGUAUGUUAAAAUAUUUUUUUACCUUUUAACUUGAAAUAAACUGUAUGUAUGUUCUUUUUGAAUGGCUCUGGAAUGCAACCAGCUGCAUGUUCUUGUCAAUAUGGGCUCUUUUCUAAGACACCAGUGUCUAGCAUUUGUUAAUCUUGCAGUAAAGAUAAGUUUAACCAUCUUUGUUCUCUGGUUUUUAGUUGGUAGAACACUAGAUGUUGUAAAAGCAGGAAUAUAAACCCUCAUGCUUUAGGUCAUAAACCAAGCAAACUCAUACGGAGUAGAAAAAAUAAUCUGUAGUAAGUAAUUUAUUGGGGCAUCUGGUGUUGACCAAGAUGGACUACCUCCUCUUCCCCAAAUCGUUAUGGAAUUAUUACACACACCUUCCAUUCCAUCCAAUUUGAUACUCCACAUUUCUGUGAUUAAGUCUCUUUAAAACAGCUUAUGUGAAUCCUCUCCCUGAUGCUGGUCUCUUCUCACAACUAAAGCAGGUGUGAGUGAGGAGGAGACUGUCAUGGGGUAAGAAUCUCACCUGUCCUUUUUUCAAAUGCUAUUCUACACAAUCCUCUAUAAUUUAGAGGAAGACAGUUCAGGCUCUGAUACGAUACCAGCUUAACAUUUUAGUUGGUAAAGAAAACUGGUUCUCACACAGUUGCACUUGAUGACUUAACACUUAUUCAUGGCUAAAAUGAUAAUAAAAUAACUGCCUUGUCAGAACUGCAGUUACUGAUUCCUUCCAAGUAUUCAGGGUCUAACAACUAUAUGCAUUUCAUUCCAUAUUUAAUUCUAAUAGAAUAGAGCACUGACUGUAUUGAGUGACCUAAACGCAAAGACUGAUCUAUGAACUUGUACACUACUCCAUGAAAAUAG